CUGGAGGCUAAUGGUGCAGGAGCUGUUAGAAGAUGGACCUAUCCGGGUGAAAUAUUCAAUUAUGACUUGGUUCUCAUACCCAUACAUAAGAAUGCUCACUGGAGCUUAGUAUCAGUUAACAAUAAUAUUAGAGAAAUAGAAUAUUUUCACAGUAUGGGCCAUGAAGGAUCUGACGUUUUGAGAGUGAUAAAUGAUUAUCUCCUGACUGAAGCUAAAGACUGUGAUAGAGAACCGGAAAGAGAAAACUGGCGUAUGAAUACAGCUAGAAACAUACCAAAGCAGAGGAAUGGUAAUGAUUGUGGGGUGUUUGUGUGCAUGUUUGCGGAUUUCCUGGUGAGACGGGCUGCAAUUAAUUUUGAGCAAGCUGAUAUUCCAGAUCUCAGAAGAAAAAUCAAAAUGAAUAUACUGUCAUCAAGAAUUGAGGAAGCCCCGGUUGAGAUGACUGUUGAGAAUGGUAUAAAUGGAUCGCCCCAAACUCGAGGGACACCUGCGAAUAAGCCACUUCGAAUCACCAUAUGUAUCCCCUUUAGCCCAAUAUCAUGUGGCUGUUGCGAUCAAUUCUUUGAGAAGGUAAUAGGGAGGAAUGGACUGAUUGCACACGUCUUGAAACGCCACGCGCAAUGCAAGAUUGUAUAUGAAUGCCUGAUAUGUGGGCUUGAUGGAUGGAGUUCAUAUCAGUCAGUCUCCUGUCAUUUUCCAUUAUGCAAAGGUCCAAAGGUGGCUACCGGCGAAUUUAUAUGCGAAGAGAGAAACUGCGAUAAGAGAUUCCAGACUACCAGCGGUUUGUCGCAGCAUAUCAGACAUAAGCACCCAGUACGAAGGAGCAAGAUGAUAUUGGACAGAAUGAAAGCAUCAAGACCUCCUGGACGACCAGCCUAUGAGUGGACUGAAGAAGAAGGUGAAAAAGUUAAAGACUUCCUGAAAACAAAGGGUAGACUGAAGGGAUAUGGAAAUAUAUUAGCAGAAAUCAUUAAAACGAAAACUCCAAAGCAAAUCAGAGAAAGAGCACGGAGAUAUAGUAACCUGCCACUCCAUGAAAUUUUCCUCUAUGGAGGUGUGAGUGAAGAGGAUGAUGAUGUUGAUCUGAAUAUAGGAUGUGACAAGAGAAAUGACUCUGACCUGAUACCACCACUCAUUUGUGAAGAACAACCAGAAGAAAAGGAAAAAUCAACUGAGUAUGAUACUCCCGACAGCAUACACAUGAUUACUACUCCUACGAUACCCCUACAGGCUGUACCUGAGGUGGGCAACAAACAAAUGGAGACUCGUGCGGGCAAUGAUGACAAUGGAGAGAGCGAUGACAGACUGACUAAGAUCUGGAACAAGGAACAAGCUAAGGACACCAAUGGGAGGAAAAACAACAUAUGGGGGAGUGGUGUGAAUGACGUGAUGUUUCAUGCUGAUCCUGUGGAUCUUCAAGGAGUGAUAUGCGAUGGUGAGUCUGCAUGGAGAGUUAAGAUGGCAGAGGAUGCUUCUAAAAUGAGGGGUCAAAGCUGUAAGCGUGAGGUGGGGGAACUGAUAGUGAGUGUGGAUGGGAUUUUGGCUGUACUGAGCAGAGGGGAUGCCAUCUCUAUCGAGAGGAUCGAGAGCAUGACUGAUAGAAUACAUGAACAGAUGAAGGACGAGUGUAAACCCUUACGAGCAAGAAAACCUAAGAAGAGCAAUGAUGGAGAGAGUCAGCGGAAAUUGGAGAAUAAUGCUAAAAGGCGGGAUGACGCAAGAACACAGGAGAUAUUUCGAAGAAACCCACGAAAGCUAGCUGAAAUUGUUGUAGAAAAUGACAUGGGAACCCUAAGAGACUUGUCAAUGAAUAGGGACAGAGACAUCAAGCCAAGAGAUGAACUUUAUAAGAUGUAUAAGGACAUAUGGGGUAGAAGCGAUAUCAAUACAGGUUAUGAAGCAGAUAGGAGCACUGGGCAGGUGCAUGAGGUUGAGGGCGUGCUCACUGUGAUGACACCGAAAGAAAUAAUAGAUAGAAUUAGGAGGAUGAAGAAGGGUGGAGCGCCUGGACCAGAUAACAUUACAAGAUCAAGCCUUUUAAAGAAUAAAGGUGUCGAGAUACUUCUGGCAAAACUUUUUGCAGUCGUCACAGCAAGUGGACAUGUGCCAGGGACAUGGAAGAGGAAUCGGACAAUCUUUAUUCCCAAGCCCAAUAAGGAUCUUGCUAAGCCUGACUCAUGGAGACCAUUGACAAUAGGCUCAAUGGUUUACAGGAUAUACGCGGGAUUGAUGGAGAAAAGGAUAAGACGCGUCACAGAACUCAACAUACGGCAAAGAGGAUUCCAACCCGGACAAGGAUGUCAAAUUAAUUGUGCGACCCUGGACAGUGCCCUGCGAUAUGGAUGUAGAGGAAAGGCAGUAUGUGGAGCUGUUCUUGAUAUGAGGAGAGCCUUUGAUGCAGUUCCACAUAAUAUUAUACUAAAUGCGCUUAAACGGAAAGGACUGCCAUAUGCACUUAUCGAGCUCAUGAGGAACAUAUAUGACGGUUGUACAACGGAGUUGGAUGGGCAAGAACUACCGCUGCUCAGAGGUGUCAAACAGGGUGAUCCCCUGUCUGCUCUGCUUUUCAACAUCGUCAUAGAUGAUGUGUUUGAUGUGGCCGAUGGUGAUGAUGAAGGGGAAGGAGCAUUGGGAUAUGCUGAUGACAUCAUCUUGCUGAAUCACGAUGGAAAGAAGCUACAGGAGCAGAUGCACAGGGUGGAGAGACAUAUGAGCAUGUUAGGACUCACUUUUAACAGCACAGAAAUAACAUAA